GGUAGUAACAAGUGCCGGGGUUGUUAUGCUGGGAGUGAAGGUACAGGGAGGUUCCCAGCUGGGGAUUCCCGGACAGACAUGGGCCUCUGUUCUCUGUCAGAAAUCUCACUGGAUUGUAUUACCAUUAACUGUUGGAGUAAUGGUUGGUGGUUACUUUCUGUAUCGAAUGAUUGGGAGGAAAAUAGAAAGAAACAGCAGAGUGAACCGAACAAUCAGCAAAGAUGUUGCCAAAGUGGUUCAUAGUUUUGAUGUAGAAGAUUUGGGUGACAAAACAGCCUUUUGCAGAUGUUGGAGAUCUUCAAAGCAUCAACUGCAAGACCACAUUUACUCUAUUAACAACACUGUGAUUGUCACAGCUACCGAGACCAUUAGAAUGCUGCUUCAGGAUUCAGAAUCAGUAUUCAACUACUUGUUCCCUUACUGUGAUGGAUCUCAUGAGAAACACAAUUUAGAAACUAGAGAUAACGUUGGACCUUUGGUCAUAACAAAAAUCCCUUGAGUUACUGAAUACUCUGGAAUCAUUUCUAGCUUUUGCAUGUACAUUGUAGUUAGAGUUUUUGUUUAAAAGGUUGAAUAUGGUGCCUUUUGUGUUACAAGUUCAGCAUUUUCAAAUCUCAUUCAAAGAACAAAUUAAGAGAAAAAGCCGAAACUACUUCUGAAAUGUGGAGGCUGUCUGCAGCAAAGUGUUAUGAAUGUAACCACUUCUGUGAUAAAUCACAUUGGGGAAAGAAAUCCGGUUAGAACUUUCUAAUUAUACUGUCAAUUUUGUUCACUUACAAAAGAAAUGAGGUUCCAUGAUA